AUGCAAGGCACCUCAGCAGCCACAGCAGUCUAUGACACCACCGAACUGCUGGAGAUGAUCCUGCUGCACCUGCCAGCACGGCACCUCCUACUCAGCCAGAGUCUCUCCCGCAAGUGUCGCGACCUGGUUCAAGCCUCGCCGAAGAUUCAGCGCAGGCUAUUCUACAAACCCGCAGAUAAUGUCUCGCUCCAUCUCAUCGAAGGAUGGUACGACAUUGCAACACGGAUAAGCAAUAACGAACGCUGCAGCUGGACCCGAGCCGUCAAUCUCGCGAAAAUGUUCCGCAUGAACAAACGAAGCUAUUUCGCAAGACACCCCACCUCCUCCACCGCACGCCUGCACGGGUUCAUGACAGCCGUCAAACUCGACGAGCUGGCUUCUGAUAUCGAGGGUUCGUGGAGAAGAAUGUACAUCACCUCCCCACUCGUUCGUGAGGUCAAGGUCGAGUGCGAGACUAGAGAGUGGUUCAGCUGGACCAGGGUCCUGGGUGUGAAGGCGGGGGAUGGUGUUGGAGUCACGAUGGGGGAUGUCAUCGACGUGCUGGUUUCUCAAGCGGAGGUGUCGGAUAGGAGGGUUGUUGGGUUGAGGAUUAUGGGUCUAAGUCAGGCGCGGAAGUGGGAUGGGAGGUUUCUCGGUGAGGUCUAA